AUCUGAAUAAUUGAGGAGCGAUUCAGCAGCAGCCGCUGCCUCCUGCCUUCCUUUAUCACCACCACCGCCCCCAUCUCAGCUGUAAGUGCAGACCGCCGGACAUUAGCAUCCAAUCCAGGCCGUCACCUACAGCCCCUCUGAUGUUCAUGCCCAAGACCAGGCUGCUGUGACUCCCACUGGACCUUUCUUAAAAGGACACGCACUAAUUGCCCCAUGAGUUCCAGCAUUGUCCACUAAGACUCCCAUAGUCCUUUUCUAUCAGCAAACCUUCACUGCAACCCUACUGUUAAUGAUGAGUGGCUUUCUAGCCUCACUGGACCCCCGGCGGGUACAGUGGGGGGCUGCCUGGUAUGCAAUGCACUCUCGGAUCCUGCGUACCAAACCGGUAGAGUCCAUGCUGGAGGGAACUGGGGCCACCUCGGCGCAUGGUACCAAGCUAGCCCAGGUACUCACCACUGUAGACCUCAUCUCUCUUGGAGUCGGCAGCUGCGUGGGCACUGGCAUGUAUGUGGUGUCCGGCCUGGUGGCCAAGGAGAUGGCAGGACCUGGGGUCAUCGUGUCCUUCAUCAUUGCUGCUGUCGCAUCUAUAUUAUCAGGUGUGUGCUAUGCAGAGUUUGGAGUUCGUGUCCCCAAGACCACAGGAUCUGCCUACACCUACAGCUAUGUCACUGUUGGGGAGUUCGUGGCAUUUUUCAUCGGCUGGAACUUGAUCCUGGAGUACCUUAUUGGCACUGCAGCUGGUGCCAGUGCCCUGAGCAGUAUGUUUGACUCCCUGGCAAACCACACCAUCAGCCGCUGGAUGGUGGACACUGUGGGAACCCUCAACGGCCUGGGGAAAGGGGAGGAAUCAUACCCAGACCUUCUGGCUCUGGUGAUUGCGGUCAUCGUGACUAUCAUCGUGGCUCUGGGAGUGAAGAACUCUGUGGGCUUCAACAACGUCCUCAAUGUGCUGAACCUGGCAGUGUGGGUGUUCAUCAUGAUUGCAGGCCUCUUCUUCAUCAAUGGCAAGCAUUGGGCUGAGGGCCAGUUCCUGCCCCAUGGCUGGUCAGGGGUGCUGCAAGGAGCAGCCACGUGCUUCUAUGCUUUCAUCGGCUUUGACAUCAUUGCCACCACUGGCGAGGAAGCCAAGAACCCCAACACAUCCAUCCCAUAUGCCAUCACUGCAUCCCUGGUCAUCUGCCUGACAGCGUAUGUGUCUGUGAGCAUGAUUUUAACUCUGAUGGUGCCGUAUUAUGCCAUCGACACGGAGUCACCACUCAUGGAGAUGUUUGUGGCCCAUGGCUUCUAUGCUGCAAAGUUUGUAGUGGCCAUUGGGUCGGUGGCAGGACUGACCGUCAGCUUGCUGGGCUCCCUCUUCCCCAUGCCCAGGGUUAUUUACGCCAUGGCUGGUGAUGGGCUGCUUUUCAGGUUCCUGGCUCACGUGAGCUCCUACACAGAGACACCAGUGGUAGCUUGCAUCGUGUCAGGAUUCCUGGCGGCUCUCCUCUCUCUGCUGGUGAGCCUGCGGGACCUGAUAGAGAUGAUGUCCAUCGGCACGCUCCUCGCCUACACCCUGGUCUCUGUCUGCGUCUUGCUUCUUCGGUACCAACCUGAGAGCGACAUCGAUGGUUUUGUCAAGUUCCUGUCUGAGGAGCACACCAAGAAAAAGGAAGGCAUCCUGGCUGACUGUGAGAAGGAAACUUGUUCUCCUGUGAGUGAAGGGGAGGAGUUUUCCAGCCCAGCCACCAACACCUGUGGGGCCAAAAACCUGCCGUCCUUGGGAGACAAUGAGAUGCUCAUAGGGAAAUCAGAUAAGUCCGCCUACAAUGUCAACCACCCCAACUACGGCACCGUGGACAUGACCACGGGCAUAGAAGCCGAUGAGUCAGAAAACAUCUAUCUCAUCAAGUUGAAGAAGCUGAUAGGGCCCCGUUACUACACGAUGAGAAUCCGGCUGGGCCUUCCAGGCAAAAUGGACCGGCCCACGGCAGCGACGGGGCACACGGUGACCAUCUGCGUGCUCUUGCUCUUCAUCCUCAUGUUCAUCUUCUGCUCCUUCAUCAUCUUUGGCUCCGAGUACAUCUCAGGCCAGAGCUGGUGGGCCAUCCUUCUGGUUGUUCUGAUGCUGCUGCUGAUCAGUGCGCUGGUGUUUGUAAUCCUGCAGCAGCCAGAGAACCCCAAGAAACUGCCGUAUAUGGCCCCCUGCCUCCCCUUUGUGCCUGCCUUUGCCAUGUUGGUGAAUAUCUAUCUCAUGCUAAAGCUCUCUACCAUCACGUGGAUCCGGUUUGCGGUCUGGUGCUUUGUGGGCAUGCUCAUUUAUUUUGGGUACGGCAUCUGGAACAGCACCUUGGAAAUCAGUGCCCGAGAACAGGCCCUGCACCAAAGCACAUACCAACGCUACGAUGUGGAUGACCCCUUCUCCGUGGAGGAGGGCUUCUCCUAUGCCACCGAGGGCGAAAGCCAGGAGGACUGGGGUGGGCCAGCCGAGGACAAAGGCUUCUAUUACCAACAGAUGUCAGAUGCGAAGGCAAACAGCCGGACAAGUAGCAAAGCGAAAAGCAAAAGCAAACACAAACAGAACUCGGAGGCGCUGAUUGCAAACGAUGAGUUAGACUGCUCUCCGGAGUAAGGCUAACCCACGAGAGCCUAGAGAGGGUGGUUUCUUAGUAAAUCAGCCUGUGUGCUAGAAGGUGGAAUCUUCUUCCAACUCUCAUUUCACAAACCCAGCCUUCCCCAAGGUCCAUCCCCAGGCAUAACCUGUCAUUUGCUAUUUUUGCUGUCAGGGGAAUUCCGCUGAAGGGUUUUACCCGGGGCCCUUACCUAGCCCUCUUGUUAAAACAACAA